AUGACAUCAGGAAAUUCAAAAACUGUCCUCAAAAACGUGUGUGAUAAUAAAUUAGCAAGGCUUCAUUGUAAGAUGCCACAAGACUUUUUUACUUUUUCCUUGUGUAGCUCCUUCUUCCUGCAUUGGAAGCCCAGCAUAGCCUGUUGUGACAGUCAAAGCUCAGCUCAGGAAGAAACCGUAAGUUUUUGCUCUUUGUGUCUCAGGUUCUGGGGUGUAUCGGGCCUUGCCCAAGUACCAAACUUCCAACAUAUAGCAACCCAAAUUCCAGACAAGUUGGUGCAGGGGCAUCCCUACUGUUUGGCAAACUGAGACAGUCCCCCACAGUGGCAAAUGCUGGGAGCAGGCAGAAGAAGCCCCCUGGGUAUUACUGUCUGGAUAACAGAGCUGUCUGUAUGCUACACAGCCUGCCUAGCCACACCCAAACCAUCCAGUUGCCUCAAGUGCAGUGGAUUAUACUAUCCUGUAAUUAGUGCUUAAGUAAGAUUCAAUUGCGCCUGGGGAAGGUGUCUAAGAAAAGCCCUGCUGGAUCAAGCCAAAGUCCUAUCCAGUCCAGCAUCCUGUUUUCAUAGGCAGCCAGAUAAUCUCUUGGUUCAUCCUUUUAUGCUUUUAUUCCUAAAACAAAGAUGGCCAGAUCAGCAGUACAGCAGACACCUGUAAGAAAACAACUCAACAAUGACAAAGGAAGAUUGGAGCCAAAAGGUACGUUGCUUGCCAUUUCAUACUGUAUGUUCUGCAUCCCAUUCAGUUUUGACACAGAGCCAUAGUCGGGUAUCCUGGUAAGCUUUCUGGGCUGGCCUGAGAUAUUUUGCUGUCAGAAGUGGAAUACAAAUGGAUCCUUCCACCAAUCAGUUGUACACCAGAAGAGGGAGAUGGCCUUAUUGUGAGAGGCUUUCUGUUUUUUCCAUCUUAGCAGAAGUUUAUGCUUCUGUCUGAGGGAAACAUAUUCAUUAAUUAAGAGGGGUAAAUUAGAGUUCCUAUAUUUACUGUAAACUCUCUUCAGCUGGCUUUUAGCUUGCUUGCACUCUUUGUCGAACCACCUGGAAGAUCCCACUGAUCUUCUUGAGCCACUGUUCUUGAUCUCAGUUCUCAAGUGGUCUUGCAACCUGUUAUUCAAGAUCUUAAAUAAAUCCAUAGGCGCAGCAGCAGAGGUAGCUAAGAUAAUAGCAGUAUGAAUAGCCUUUAAGUCAGCAGUAUGAAGAAGCUGGGUCAGUGCUAGAUUGAGUACUGGGGUCCACGUAAUAGUAUUGCCUGCAGUCACACCUAAGUUUGCAUUACAGAUUGAGUUUUGGAGGAAGAAUUAUUAAAUACUGGGCCUACUAGUACCACUGUUAAAGGUAAACGAUCGCUUUCAGUAUUAUGGCCCACUUCCAACUCCAUGACAAACUAAUAUGCAAAUUGUGAGGUCGUAAUAUAAUCUAUCACACUGCUUCCAUGCUUUGUAAAGUCGGUAUAUUCCCCGGGCCAAUCGCCCUCUAUCAUACCAUUUAAUAUUAGCAAGUCCCUCCGCCUUAUAACUUGGGCUAAACAAAGCCCAUGAUCUUUAGACAGAAGGGAGGUACCUCUGGCAAAGUAAAUAUCUGGUUCCAGAAUUUGAUUGUAAUGGGUGUACAGUACAAAUUUACAUUGUUGACUCCCAUGUGUGCAUUAAAAUACCCUGCAAUGAUAAACACUGCAGUAGGACAUAGGGAUUUGAUGGAUUCUAUAUAAUUUUCUAGUUCUGUCCAGAUAGUAUUUACAGUAGUUUUGUUGUUGUUGUUGACAAAGUGGUAUGUAGACGUUAAUCAGCAUUAAACAUACUUUCAGAACUAUAACCAAGACAGCAGUUGCAAACGGGUUGCAUGGAAUCACGGCUGCUGUAGUUGCAUUCAACUUUGUGGAGGAAACAUGUUAGACCCCCACUAGCCCUACAACCUUUCGUUGAGGGAGUGGCUGUCUGAGUGACAUUUGUAUCCGUUAAGCAAUAUGGAGACAUCUUGCCAUGUUUCUUGUAGCAGAACCAAUCAGUUGCAUCAAUGUCAUGGCUGAAAAAGUUAUUUCAGCACUUUGCAGCAGAGAAUCCCAUAAAAGUAUCUCAUUGUGGGCACAAUAAUAAAUGAAAUAAUGAGCAAUUUGCCUUUUUAUGAUACUCAAAAUAAGCUUCCUGAGGUAACUGCCUCAUUCUGCCUGAGCUUCCUCCACCUUAUGAUGCAACUUCCACCUCUCAUCCCAAUAGGCCCCAAACUUAGUAGGAAAAUAUGGCUUCCCUUGUGCUUCAUGGGCAAGGGGCAAGAUGAAUUAGUUACUCCUUUCUUGAGAACCGUGUAGGAAAUUUUAGGUCCACUCUUGCGUUUCUUGGCUCUGUUCCUUUUCUUCUGCUUCUUCAUGUCUUCUUUAGGAUAUCUUUCUUCUCUCCUGCUUCCCAAGCGCAUGGUUAAACUAUGGAGUCCACUCCCACAAGAGGCUGUGAUGGCCAGCAACUUGGAUAGCAUUAACAAAGGAAAAGACAGAUUCAGGGAGGAUAAGGCAAUCAAUGGCUCCUAAUUCUGAUGACUAUGUUCAAUCUCCACUGUUGGAGGCAGUAAGCUUCUGAAUUCCAGUUGCUGGAAACUGCAGGAAGGGAGAGUACUGUUGCCCUCGGGUUCUGCUUGCAGGCUUCCUAUAGAAAACAAGAUGCUGAAACCGAUGGCCUCAUCCAGCACUCCUUGUGUUCUUAGUGCUGCACUUACUAGUUCUUUCCAGAACUGGAGAUCUUUUUUCUGCCUUGAUUGCUUUUAUAAUUCUCUAAUUCUCUCCUCCUUUAGUACAAAAUUAUGUGCCAGUACACUGAUUUCCUUAUUGCUCCCUUCUCUCCUAAGCUGUGCUUUACGAUAGCAAUCCUGUAAGCAGAGAAACAACGGCAUACCUUCCAGCAUAUUAACAGUAAUGGUUGGUUUGUAAUGCUUUUGUAAAACCACUGCAGUGCAAUUUAGUGUUUCCUCGGGAGGCUUAAAUCACCUUGGAGCCUCUUGCACUGUUAGUGGAGGAGAAACAUUUGUAAUUUAGAUUUUUGCAUUCACUUGAUAAAGCUAAUUGAAACAAGAACUCCUUAGUUGCUUAUGUAGAAAAGCACCCUGAAAAAGGAUACUGAGUGUGAAGCAGCAAACAUGUGCAACCUUUAGUCUUGGAUUGCUUUUAUAAAGCUAUGUCACUAUGUGUGUAUGUGUUUUUAUUGUAGGCAGAGCAACUAUGAGUGGUAGUCAUGGAAUGGGUGGAGAUCGCCACACCUUUCUGCUGAUAAUUUCAAACAUGCUUGUUUUCUUCUUAGUGACUGGUUUUGUGUAUUUCUGUUUGUAGUUAUAUAGAGCUUUCAGUAUGAUAGCGAGUUAUAUAAGCAAGUUUGCCCCCUCCCAAAUGGAGGAAAAUAAUUCUUAAAUUAUGCUAGUUAAGGACGAACGAAAGCAGUUCAAUUACAGAGUCUGAACAGCUUUUGAAAAAGUACUUGUUAAGUAUACAGUGGACCAUCUAGUUAUGUACUGCUCCGGAUAUGGAACUUUCGGGUUAUGAAUGCGGCAAACCAGGAAGUGUAUUUUUCCGGGUUUUGCCGCAUGCGCAUGCACGCUCAAUCAUGCCAUGUGUUUGCACAGAAGCGGCACCUCUGCUUAUGGACUUUUCAGGUUGUGGACGGAUCCCCGGAAUGAAUUUACAGUGGUACCUCAGAUUAAGUACUUAAUUCGUUCUGGAGGUCCGUUCUUAACCUGAAACUGUUCUUAACCUGAAGCACCACUUUAGCUAAUGGGGCCUCCCACUGCACCACCGGAGCCCGAUUUCUGUUCUUAUCCUGAAGCAAAGUUCUUAACCUGAAGCACUAUUUCUGGAUUAGUGGAGUAUGUAACCUGAAGCGUAUGUAACCCAAGGUACCACUGUAAUUCGUAUUUGGAGGGUCCACUGUACAGCAAUUCAGUUACAUGAAAAUUAUUUUAACUAGAUCUAUAACUACUGCCCAUCACAUUAUGCCUCUAAGUUGGUGCAAUUGUUGUUGCAGAAGAAAAUGCAUCUCAAGAAAAUGCAUCUCAAGCAAAUGCCAAACGUGACUCUGGUUCUCUGCUUCCCAGGUAACUAUUUAAAAGUGUCUGGUGAUGACUAAAAGUGUCUGGUGAUGACACUGGAGGAAUCUUCUGCCAUGUUGCAGUUAAGAAUGGCUUUGAUACCGAAUUAGAAACUAGGUGUAUGUAUCUUGUACACACAUCGUGCUUUUUUCUGUAGUUAUGUACCUUUUGUCAACCUUUGCCUUUCUUCUAGUUUCUUUACAGGUGCAAUAUCUUGAUGGAUGUUUGUUUAAUCUUCUCAGUGGCAUAUUUUAAUCAUAAUGCCCCUGAUCAGUCAUAAGAAAACUGCCUUGCAUCUACAUGUCAGUCUACUCCAGCAUGUCCUGCUUGGACUACCUGUGACACCUCUGCCCAAGUCUUCAGAGUUCUCCCCCUUUACAUGCUACGCACCUGUGCAGAUGAUGCGAGCAUGAUCACUGAGCGCAUUGGCCAACCUGCCCCUGAGCACAUUCACGUGGGUCCAUCAUCUUGGACAGCAGCAGUGCUACAUCGGAGAUGGGGAUUAUCCAGAUAUUAUCAUGCUGGUAAAGGAAAUGUAUGGUUCUCUUGGUUUAGUAAUUGAUUUUAACUGCCCCCUUUGAUUUACAGGAAAAUGUGGGGCACCUCAGACUUUGAAUUUGGCAAGCCACUUGGCAAGGGGAGAUUUGGAGCGGUGUACUUGGCCCGGGAGAAAAAAACUCACUUCAUCUUGGCCUUGAAAGUCAUUUUCAAAUCAUUGCUGGAAAAAUCUCAGCUAGAGCACCAGCUCAGAAGAGAAAUAGAAAUCCUAAGUCACCUCAGGUAAAGCAACUGAAUGCAGAGGCAGCUGCCUCAUACAGAGUCAGACCAUUGGAUAGCCAUCUGUCAUGGAUGCUUUAGCUGAGAUUCUUACAUUGUAGGAGGCUGGAGUUGGUGACCCAAUGAUUGGUUCAUCCAGUACUAUGUCUGUGUUAACUGGCAGCAGCUCAGAAGUUUCAGACAGUAGUCUUUCCUAACCCCACCUGAAGAUGCUAGGCACUGAUUUUUUAAUGUGUCUCCUCCCCCCCCCCCCUUUUGUUUUAAUGUAUCUGUGUGGUUUGGUGAGUUGGUUGGUUGUAAGUCACUUUGUGUUUCCUUGGGCAAGAUAAAGCGGCUAACAAAUUUAAUUAAUUAAAUUAUCAGCAUCAGCAUCAUAAAAGCUACAAGGUAGGGCCUUCUGCAUGCAGUGCAGAUGCUUACCGCUGAGCUAAGGAACCUUGCUAUGGUCGAGUAUGUUGAGGAAUUAUAGUCCAUCAGGAUCUAGAGGGCCACGCAGUCUGCAUACCUGCUCUGUGCUAAAUCUGUCAAAACAUGGAAAGCCUCAUUAUCACCUCUGAAACAUUGUGUAGAUGUUAUGUAGUCCAAAACAUCUGGAGGACACCAGGUUGGUGCACCUUAGUUACAGCUGCAAUCUUAUGCCCGCCACCUGCCUAAGAGUAAGCCCCACUGAACAUAAUGGAGAUUUGCUUCCAAGGGAGCAUGCAUUGAUUGAUCCAAAAACAACUUGUAUCUCAAUAGUAUCUUCUUCCUGGAUGGGGCAAUUGCUUAGUACAUUCAUUUGUAGACCGUGUGUCUACCUAUCACAGCCGCUUACUUCUUAUGUGACCUAAACCACAGGUCCUCUCCUUUUUUCCUUUAAACAAAAAAUCUCCCUAGACACCCAAAUAUCUUAAGGAUGUAUAACUACUUCCAUGACCAGACCCGGGUUUUUCUGAUGUUAGAAUAUGCUCCAGGAGGAGAACUGUACAAGGAGCUACAGAAGAAAACACACUUUGAUGACAUCAGAACAGCCACUGUGAGUACAAAUGCAAAGGCUACUGUUCUACACAAGGAGCUGGCUGGAGAUGAAGUAAUGCAAAACAUAGAACAUAUGGCUGGUGAGCUUGGAGUAGUCAAUAUUUAUUGGCGGGGCAGCCUUUCCCGUUUUGCCACCUGAGGAUUCAGUCACCCGAGGCCGCUGCUUCAGUCCACCUCAUGGGUGAGCCAACCCUGUUUGUUGGCCUAAUGUGCCUCAGAGGGUGUAGAUAUUCCUUAAAGAAAACCUGGUAGGUAAAUGUAUUGUGAGGAGAGCAAAGCCAAGCCCGUUUAUGUGUGUCUGUGUCGUCUUCUGAUUUGGUUCUACAGCUGCAAACCAACAUACCGUCUAUGAUGUUGAAGCAGCUUUGACUGGCCCCAAACAUUGUGAAAUAACCAAGCCAUGGCUUUCAGAGAUGGAGAAGGACAUUUGGGCAUAAAGGAUGGGCAUAAAGCCCAUUGCACCAGUGCUUAAGGUCCAGCCUGUUAGCAUAUGGUGUUUUUAUGCAACAGCAGAAGUUGCCUUUAGUGAGAGUCUUUGAUUGGAGCAUGCCUUUCAUUGGAAGGUAAUCAGAUUGAGACGGAGUAUAAAAUAAGAAAGCUUAUGCUUAUUAACAGAAGGACAUUCUGGAAAGGAAAGAAUUCUAUAGUCCUAGCUAACUAACUAGUUGGAGAAACAAAAAAGCCAUACUUGCCCCUUUGCUCUCAGAAGAUACAUCAAGGAUGGCCUCAUACUCAAUCCAAGUGUGAGAAAUAAGUUGCAAACAGGAUGCAACCUAAAAUGUAUCAAUCUAAACUGUAAAGGACUUUGUUUCAGUUGAAGAAGUGGACUAAAGAGAUUCCUUUUGAGAAGAGGAGGUGCACUGAAUUUAAUAUUUACUUCCAGACCCCAUUAGUAGUUCUCCAAAUGAAGUUCUAGCCUAAGGAUGAGAAUCACCAAAAGCCACAUUAUCUUGGCUGGGGGGGAAGAGGUUGGAGUCUGCCUACCAGUGGUAGGUGGAGCCAAAUCACGUGGGUGGGGUCAGAACAUCAUGUGCAAUGGUCAAGUACCUUACGCCAUGGGAUGAAAUACAGCCCUCCAAGCCUCUCUAUUUUGCCCUUGUAACUCUCCUGUGCAACACCCUAUUCCAGGGAUUUUUUUCUGAUACUGACUCAAUGGUUGGCCAAUCAGCGCUAUGUAAACCCAACUCUUUCUACAGUGGGAAAAUCAUAAGUUUUCUACCCAGACUCAUAGAGGAAACCUUAUUGUGCAUUACAGUAGCAGUGAGUGCACUUUUAAUCCAGUCUCACUGCUAAAUUUAUGUACAGUUGCAUGCAGUCUUGGUUAACAGCCAGAAUUAACUUACCUAUUUUUUUUAUUUUCUGCGCAUCAUACAUCUACAGUAUAUGGAAGAAAUAUCUGAUGCUCUGAUGUACUGCCAUGCUCUAAAAGUGAUCCAUAGAGAUAUUAAGCCAGAAAACCUCCUGUUAGGAUUAAGAGGGGAGCUGAAGUUGGCAGACUUUGGAUGGUCAGUGCAUGCUCCAUCACUUAGGUAUGUAUACAUAUAUAUUUUUAAGAAUUCAAUACUGUUGGGAAGAGUCAUGUGAGCAAAAAAAUUCACCUGCUAAAUUUCUAUUUGGCAACCGUGAAAUGCAGAAUGUGUCCUGUUAAAAGUGAACCCAUUUUAAACUGGAUUUCAGCUGGCAAUUUUAAACUGAACCCAUUUAUUUUUUUAAAAAAUAGGAGGACAACAUUCUGCGGCACUGCAGACUACCUUGCUCCAGAAAUGAUAGAGGGGAGUCCACACAGUGAGAAUGUCGAUGUGUGGUGCGUUGGUGUCCUCUGUUACGAGUGUCUUGCAGGAUAUGCACCAUUUGAAGCACCAACACAGAUGGAGACUUUCAGAAGAAUAAAAGAUGUAUGUUCUUCUGAACAAAAAGCUUUGAGAGUAAAUGGAAUUUGCAAUCUACAGCUUGAAACUUGGGCCCAAAUCUUGAUGGUUUAUCCUUGAAUGGGCACAUUAGGUUAUAGCAUCAAGCUUAAGAGCCAUGAGCCAGGAUAGCUAACCCACAAUCAAGAUCUGCCCCCACCCGCCAGAUCAUGUGGCCUGCCAACCCUUGAUGCUUUUUCCUCAAAAUCUAAUCAAGAGAUAACAUCCUCUAUUAUUUAGAGCACACUUUUUAAAGGGCAGAGUGCUUAAUCUUCCGAUUAGGAAAUAAAAGAGCCCCCAGCUGCCUUUUUACAUAAGUUCUUUGAUCUCAGAUCAUAGCACUAAGUGCCACAGAAGAUGAGCCCUCUGCCUGCUCUUGAAAGAGUAAAAGGCAGGGUUUCCUCCCACCCCCAACACUGGAGUGGAAAGAAAUGUGUGUGUAUACCAGAGUUCUGAGAGACUUCGUGUCUGGUGAGUGUGUGUGUACUGCUUGUUUAAUGAAUGCCCAUGCCUAGUGUGUGGCUGCUGGUACAUAUACAUGACCCGGAAAGCUGUCUGUGGACAAAGGCAAGCUCCCUCAGCCUGAAAACAAGAUGGGUGCCACAACCUCAUCAUUGCCUUUGUCUGGACUUAACUGUCAUGGGGUCCUUUACCUUUUUUUACCUUUUAUACCCUGACCAUAGCCCCACAGACAUGUCGCCCUUUGAGGGAUGGCAGUUAACAUAACCCUAUUUCUAGAGGUGCUGUACAAGAUACAUAAUUGACAAGGUCCUUGUCCAACAGUAUGAGCAUCUUAGGGCAAAGCUGAUGUGCAGAUAGGAAAGCUGCAUGGGGGUGGAGAAGCAGAUAAACUGGCACUAAUGCAUUCAACUUUUUUUUAAAAAGCAGAAGACACAACUAGCUUCAUAAGAAAAUGUAACUUAAAACAUUCUUUUCUUCCAAGGUUAACUUUUCAUUCCCUUCUUGGGUGUCAGAUGGAGCCAAGGACCUAAUAUCCAAAGUACUCAACCGUACACCUUCCCUGCGGCUUCCCUUGAAAGAAAUAAUAGCGCACCCAUGGGUUAAGACCAACUCUAGGAGAAUCUUGCCACCUGUCUACAAUGAAACAGAAGAGUAA